AUGGCACCCCUUAAAUUCGAAAAACUCAUUUGCGGCUCCUCUGUGGACCUCCUGAAGAAGGACUUCGCCCACGAGAAUCUCUGGGAGCUCGAACACACAGACGCACAGAAAGGAAGCAACUUCGUCAACAACCUCAAGCUCAACAAGGAUGGCAACAUGCUCGGUUCGACGCUCAUCAAGGGCGACAUCGGAACCCUGCACGCGGAGCUGAAGGCGCAGAACAGCGGCGCUCACUACCUCGAAGUCUCAGCAGUGCACCCCCAGUACACCCCUAUGACCGUCCACGCCAAGUGCGAGAUCGACGUGCCCAAGGGAACCUACUCGGGCGAGGUCGCGGCUGACCACGUGCUCCCGAUGAACUCGAGCCAGCUCAAGGUCCAGCCCUUCUCCCGCGAUUACUCCGCGUUCUCGUUCACCAACUUCAAGCUGAACUGCGGACAGGUGUACGCUGGUGCCGAGCUUACCGGCAAGAACUGCUCGCUCCUGACCAACUACACGGGCGCACUUGGUUACAAGAAGCAGCGCGACGACAAGACCUACCUCGUCGCUGCCAGGCUUUUCGGAGCCAGGGAGUACGGUCUCACCUCGCUGGUGGGAAACAUAUACGCUGGAAGGGCGCACGGAUGUGCGCAGAACGCGCUCGCCGUCGCCCUUGAGCACAGCUUCAAGGACACCACCACCAAGCUCAAGUUCGCAGGACUGUGGCACAUCACAGAGCCACACCACCCUACCCCAGCCUACGUCAAGGGCAGGUGCGACACUGAGGGCAACUUCGCCUUCACCCUCUUCCAGAGGUUCAGCAGCAACCUCGCCGCCGCCGUCGGGGUGGACUUCAAUGCCAAGGAAUCCGUGAGCCCGUCGACCGCCAACUACGGCUUCAAGAUGAUGCUUUCGUGA